GCGGGGGGGGGGCUGCGUGGCCGCCCCGGGCUUCCUUCAGCGGCAGCCGGGGAAGCGGCGGGCCGCAGGGCCCCGACCCCGGCAUCCCUGCCGCAUUGCGGCCCCUGCCCCUAGCCCCUGCCCCGGGCGCUGAGCGCACGCCGCCGCCGGGCCGCCGUCACCGCCGGGCAGCUCCCCCGCUCCGCUCCGCCCGGCUCGGCUCGGCGGCCCCUUCUCCGCCGAGGGCCGGGGCCGCUCCGUCGUCUCCGCCUCCGCCGCCCGGUCCCCGCGGAGCUCUGUCCGUGGUGCCUGCGGGCAGGCCGGCAGCCGCCGGCCGCGAUUUCCCCCCCGGCGGGGUCCGCGGCCGCCGCCACCCCCCCCCUCCCCUCCCGGUGCCAUGAGCUUCUUCGGGUUCGGGCAGAGCGCGGAGCUGGAGCUGGUGCUGAGCGACGCCGAGAGCCGGCGGCGGGUGGAGCACAAGACGGAGGAAGGCAAGAAGGAGAAAUACUUCCUCUUCUACGACGGGGAGACGGUCUCCGGGCGGGUGGUCCUCACCCUCAAGAACCCCAACAAGCGGCUGGAGCACCAGGGCAUCAAAGUGGAGUUCAUCGGGCAGAUCGAACUCUACUAUGACCGAGGAAACCACCAUGAGUUCGUAUCUCUGGUGAAAGACCUGGCCCGUCCUGGUGAAUUCACUCAAUCGCAGACAUUUGACUUCGAAUUCACACAUGUGGAAAAACCUUAUGAGUCCUACACGGGGCAGAAUGUGAAGUUACGGUAUUUCCUCCGAGCGACUGUCAGCCGCAGACUGAAUGAUGUCGUGAAGGAGAUGGACAUAGUUGUGCACACUCUGAGCACCUACCCAGAGCUCAACUCCUCUAUUAAGAUGGAGGUGGGGAUUGAGGAUUGCCUGCACAUUGAGUUCGAGUAUAACAAGUCCAAGUAUCAUUUAAAAGAUGUGAUUGUCGGGAAGAUCUACUUCCUGCUGGUGCGAAUCAAGAUCAAACACAUGGAGAUAGAUAUCAUCAAGAGAGAAACAACAGGGACCGGACCCAACGUAUAUCAUGAGAACGACACAAUAGCUAAAUACGAGAUCAUGGAUGGGGCACCUGUGAGAGGGGAGUCCAUUCCCAUCAGACUCUUUCUGGCUGGCUACGAGCUGACUCCGACGAUGAGGGACAUCAAUAAGAAGUUCUCGGUACGUUAUUACCUCAAUCUGGUGCUGAUCGAUGAGGAAGAGAGACGCUACUUUAAACAGCAGGAGGUGGUGCUUUGGCGGAAAGGAGACAUAGUGAGGAAGAGCAUGUCCCACCAAGCAGCCAUCGCCUCCCAGCGGUUUGAGGGGACAUCCUCACACGCCGAGGCCAAGACCCCCAGCCAGCCUGCAGAGAACAACGGCCGGCAGUGAGAGGCCACGCAGAGGAAGGCUGCUGUGGAGCCAGUGGGGACAGCAGCAAGGAGGAAGAAAAAAAAAACACUUCAGAGACUUCAUGGAAAAUAAAUAUCCGUUUUUGACUUAAUUCCUUUCUUCAGAGGACUCGUAGGGUGGGAAGGGGAUGGGAGGGCAAGGCAAGCUGGAGCACUGGUGGUGCGGAGUUGAAGGUACCUCAGUGCUUCCCAAUCAACUACAUUCCUCUGGGGUCGGCUGCUUUGAGGCAUGUGUCCGGAGGCUGCGGAGCUGCCUGAUCUCCUCUUUGCCCCGAGACCCUUUUAGUGUGGCAGCGGGGAGGGAGAGAGCAAGUGAAGGCCAAAUCUGCUGCUUCUUCCCAGCGGUGUGGAGGUUGCUUUGGGGCUGUGUAGGAUGGAUAUUGUUCUUGCCUUUCUGAAAUCUUCACGAGGGAAAAUGACACAGUGAUUAGCUGGAAGGUAGAGGAGGGAGUCGGAGACUGAGGUGCGGCCUUCUUGAAAUGGCUUAGCGUUAUCCCCUCGCCGCCUCCCCUUCCUCUUCAUGCUGGCGUUGGAUUCCUUGUCACAAACAGUUACACGAUGUAGUUGACUCAGCCCCGGGACUGCCGUGCGGAGCGCGGGCAGCAGGCGUGCCGUUGUGUCCUUGCUGCGGAGCUCCCGACUGCGCGCUGCGUCGGUAGGAGGGAGCGAGGCAUGCGAUUGCAGUAGGAGGUGGCACAGGUUGGGCAGAGCGGUGAAGGUCUCGGUGCUGCUGGGUGGGCAAGAAGUGGGGACGGGAAGGCUCCUGGCCAAGAGCAGUGCCUUCCUAGUCUUGUCCCGGCAGCUGCGCGAGUGCCCCUGAGAUUCAGUCUCUCUGGUUGCCGCACUCAUACAGGUCCCAGUCGCUGCUGCAGAGCAGGGGCAGACUAGCCUCGAGAGGUCUAGAGAAUAGUUUUGGAACAUGGGAAAUAAAUGGGGGCUGUCUUGGGAGCGGGCUUACGCUGCACACGCUGCCCUGCUCAUGUCUGUGUCCCUGUGACAGAGCAGGCUUUGUAGUAGGGACAGACGGCAGUAUAGAAACACGUGUGUAUUGUUUUGUUUGCUCCCUCGCGCCUGCGGGAUGAGGAUUAGUAAGGACAGAAAAGUGGAUGCAAUUGUUUUAAGAAGCUCGUGGCCUGUGUGUGCUGCUAGAUGAAGCCAAGCAGCAACUGGAAAGAUGGUAGAGCUUUCUGAUUCCAGAGACAUAUUCCCGAGGCCCCUGAGCUGAAGUCACCAGUGAGGUCUGAGGGUAUGCCAUGAACUGAGAACCUGAAUGCGGGUUUUUUCUUUUCUAAGAUAAGCUGCUUUUAGUCUUCAGCUAAGUAGAAUCAUGAGAACAUUCCCAGAAGGGAGUCACUCCUCCAUUAAAAAUUAGAUGUGGCUUUGUAGACUUGAUUGACUGAGUCUGGAGAAUAUCCCUCCUGUUUAGAUGCUCAUCAAGGAAGCAGGUGGUUAGACCUCCCACCAGAUGGAGAGACAAGCCUGCACUAAAAGCUGGGAUAUGAGCUCUAUCAAGGGGGAUUUGUCUGGAUUUCCCUGUGAGUUUGUGGCUCUUUAGGGUUUUGUCCAGCUUCCUUUUGACUCUGGAAUGACUGUCCUCUGCCUCUGUCCUACAGCUGAAUGUAGAGCAGUUGUCUUGCAGCUGGGAAAUGGAAGUAUCUUCUGCUUUGUUUAGUGGAACAGUGCUGGUGGAGGGAGUGGGGCCUGGGUGGGAAGGGGAGCUUUAUAUCUAGUAAGACAGCUACUGUAUUUCAGUGAUAAAUGUGUGUUUCUGCUUGCCAAAGUAAGUUAACUUUUACUCACCACGUGUAAGGUUGUGGUUUUUAGUAGAGCUGGACAGUCUCGCUCUGUUGUAGAGGACACUAAUGAUCUCAUCUCUGCUGAAUGCUUGUGUCACACCAUGUUUCUGCUCUGUUAUAGUGAAGACGUGGCUUGCUUUUCUUUACAUGAGAAGUCUGUGCCAUGGGCUGGAGCCGUGUCUUCCUAAGACUGAAGCAAAAGCUUACUUUAGAUAACUACCUUGUUAUGCCAGGGCAAGAGGUGGUAACCUGCUGCAGGUUUCACACAGCAAAGCAAUCUGGAUGUUACUUUUGACACUCACUCUACUCCCCCCUCUGUGUAGGGGGAACCACCUGUGCUGUGGCAAUACACAAUCUUUUAGAGACAAGCAAAGCUCCCAUUGGGAGCCCCUGGGGAUAGCAGACUAUCUUUCCAUGGCUAAGCUGAGCACAGCAGCACCCUAACCACCCUCUAGCUUUCCCUCAACUCCCAUCCCGCCUAGAAUUUUUUUUCCUUGCCUAUUCCUCUUGAUUGUAGGCCAUGUGGUAUUAAAGAAACCCCAUGGAGGAAGAUGUCUCUGCAUUCCAGGAGUGUUUUGUUUACUGGCCGAACAGCAUCAGUCCUGGAUGUAAGACAAUUGUCUGACAAGACAAUGCACUGUUAAGGAGAUUUCUGUUAAAUAUCUGUUCAUCAAUUCUGGGGGGUUUACUCGGAAAAGGUGCAUGAGCCUAUAUGUUGGGUUGUGGGUUGUUUUUUUUUUCCUACUUUGUGCCCCUCUCCCCUGCAUCCCUACUUGUGGAACCAGAAUUUAGAAAUGAUCCCCCUUUUUACUUAAUCUAAAUGGACCAUUCAAGCUGUUACCCACUAGGCCCUCUUUGUCUGGGGUGGAGCUGAUGGGCUGAGCAUCUUUAGAGAGAAGUUGCAGCAUAAGGUCACUCCAAGACAAGGUACUAUAGAAGAGCAUUUCAUUAGCAUGGUAAGGGGCAGACACUAUUUGAGAAGUCAUGUACCCCUGAGGUGGGUGGUUCUGUUAAGUACUUGGGUCAUUCCCUCUCUCCCAGGCAGAGUCAGGCAGGGGGGAGUGUACAAGUACUAAACCAAGCAGUGCAACCUGUAAUUAAGCCUCUGCUGUGUUUACAUGUUUCUUAAUUCGUUGUCUUUUCAAUGGCUGUAUUUUAAAACUUGGGUUUUUUUGUCUCUCCAAUUAAAAAGAGCCAGCCCUGGCUGUAAAAUGCUG